AUGUCUACCUAUAAAAGCUUGCAUCACAUGUACAAGCGCUUCCGCAAGGCCAAACGUCAGGUUGACAGCGACAUCAGCACCUUCAACAUCCAGAACCGCGCCGCGGUCAUGGACAUGCAAAAGGAGAAUGCGGCUUUGAAGAGGGAGGGCGAGAAGUUGAGGGUUGAGGGCGAGGGCUUGAAGGCUAGGAUCGAGAGUUUGGAGAGUCAGGUGAAGGAGUUGAAUGGGGCGAUGAGUUACGUUUUGGGGGUGAAGAGUGAGGAGCUUAAGGGGGAUAGGCUUUGGUAUCAGCCGUUGGAGGGCCAGUGGAAGAAGUGGAAGGGCAUGGAGUAG